UAGAAACUAUAUUCUUUGCUCUCAGAUGCUGUAGAUGAAAUUUGCUUUGCUUUCUUGUACCAUAAGCCUCCUGCUUCAGUCCCUAGGCAUUUGUUGUGGUCCUCUAGGGAGCUGAGUGUUGUCACUGGUGUUCUGGGAGCAUGAUGUUGUCGGUCUCAGGAAGGCACUGGAACAACUCUUAAUGCUGUUGGCUGGGGGCCUCGGGCUUUCUGGAGAAAUUCCAUGUCUCAGUGGAUGCCAGCUAUGAGGUAUCAGGGGUAAGAGAGACCUGAAGACCCCUGAAGAGGUGUUGGCUACUUGCUAAGUAUAUUCCAGACAGACAGAUAGCUUUUAUGUUUUGGCUGGUAGCUUCAGCAGGUGAAGGCUCAGGGGAAAAUUAACAAAAAGGACUUACCCUUGCUUUUCAGUUAAUCUUGGUGGUUGCCAUAUAGCGGAGAUUUGGGAGGGAAGCUCCAAACACUGGAACCAAGGUCUCUGGAGCCUGAAAUGGAAUGAUCAGAAUUCCUGGGGCUUUCACUGCAGCUUGGAAGAUGGAGAGUGAUUGGAGAGAAAUUUAUUUGGCUCUAAGUGCUUAUCUGGCUCAACUUUUUUCUCAUUCCUCAUUUUGUCCUCUAGUCCUCUGAGACUUUUCCCCUUCAGCCCAGAGUACCUUAGACAGCUUGGAGCCACAGUCCCUAUGUUUUCCAACAGGAGACAGAAACUCAGUCCCUCCCCCCUCUCUCUAGAGGACGGUGACAGAGAAGCUUCAGGUUUUUGUUAAUAGUGCCCAAAGGCCUUGGGUCUUUUAUUUUUAUUUCCUUACUGUCUGCAGCCAUGGCUUAGAAAAAGAAAUGUUGGGGUUUCUAGGAUCAAGGCUGAGGUGGAAGUGACCCCCCUAUGGGCUUCCAGAAGAGGAGGCCAGGCCCCCUGCUAACAGGCCUGUCCGUGGGGCUACUACUCUUCUUCAGUUGGGUGUCUCUUGCCAAGCCAACCUCUCUCUCAGCAUUGGCCCACCACCCCAAUUUGUGCCAGACCACCCGGGAUGCUGAUGGCCGCCACUACCCUGGUUUCUUCUGUCCCCGGCUCUCUGACACUCCAGAGGAAGCCUACUGCUGCCAUCUGCAGGCUGCAGGGGGCUCCUGCUGCACCCGGGCUGAAUUUGAAGCCCUAUACCAAGUCAACCUGUCCGCUCUGUCGCGGCCGCCCAUCUUCAGGUGAGAACUCCAGCAGGGGGAGCAGCCCCAGGUCCACUGAGACACUAGCGGG